AUGCCGAUGAAGGGCAAAGGCAAGGGGAAAGGAAAGAUGGAAUCCAAGGGAAAAGGCAAGGGCGGCAUGAAGGGGAAGGGGAAGGGAAAGAUGUGGGAUGACUAUGACCCGAUGCCCAUGAAGUCAAAGGGCAAGGGCAAGAGCAAGGCCUACGAGUACGAGGAGUACUGGCCAACACCGGCCCCAUCGAAGGGCAAAGGCAAGGGAAAGGGAAAACCUGCCUGGUCAGACUACCCAGAGCCGAAGGGCAAGGGUAAGGGAAAGGCCAAGGGCAAAGACAUGGACAUGAAAGGAAAGGGCAAAGGAAAAGGCAAAGGCAAGGGCAAAGGAAAGUCCAUGUACGACUAUGAGGACGACUACCCACCCAUGCCCAUGAAGGGAAAGGGCAAGGCCCCCAAGGGCCUUGUGAAAGGAAAGGCCAAGGGCAAAGGAAAAGGCAAAGGCAAGAUCAUGGAGAUGGAGCCUGCCAAGGGAAAGUCGAAGGGGAAGGGCAAGAAGGGCAAGGCCCCCCUGGACGAGCCCAAGAAGGGCAAAGGAAAGGCCGCCAAGGGCAAAGGAAAAGAAGGAAAAGGAAAGGGCAAGGGUAAGGGUGGAAAGGGAAAGCGUUGA